AUGGCGGAACCCUCGGGUCGAACUUACGGCCAAGCCCUUCCGGAUCAAGUCGAAAAAAUUGCGGCGCUGUUUGACGCUCAUCUUGAAGUUAUUAGCGAUGUCCGAGAACUGUACAACGCGCGUGCAGCUCUCGAGCGCGACUACGCUGCGAAGCUGCAACUCCUGGCGAAGAAAGCAGGGGAGAAGAAAUCUAAAAUGGGAUCUUUAUUCAUACUUGGCAACGACCCAACGAAAUCCUGGGACGCCAACACGCUUAAGCAAAGCACACUAAACGCGGCAUACGAUGAAAUCAUAGGCUCCACCACAAGCACUUCGCAGGAUCACGUAACCAUUGCGGAUGCAUUGACUUCUCAGGUCGUGGAAGUCCUUGGUGCAGUGGAGCGCAAAAAUGAGGAAGCAAAGAAGAAGGAAAUGCAGUAUUUCCAGAAGCUACUCGCGGACAGGGAUCGUGUAUAUGCUGACCGCCUCAAGAGCAAGCAAAAGUAUGAUGAAGACUGUGUAGAAGUCGAAUCAUUUCGGCUCAAGCAGGCCAGUGUCUAUCUGAUCUCUACGGCAAUCGCGAAUCAGGCCAAGGACAAAUUUUAUAACGAAGAUAUACCUAUGCUCGAGAAUGAAUUUCUGGCCAGAUUUGCAAAGAUCCUCCUCUACGCGCAGAGUCUGCAACUGAGCCACCUCGACGUCCUCCGAUCUCGAAUCACCAACAUCCAGUCCAAACUCAAUCAAGUGGAUCCGCUAAAAGACCAGUCUUUGUUCAUGGAUUGUAACGUCAAACCAUUUACGGCACCUGGGGAUUGGAAAUUCGAACCUUGUUCGACGCACUACGACACGGCACGUCGUUGGAUCUGA